AUGUCUAGCACUACCAUUCAAACGAUCUCUCCGUCGACCAACAAGGUUCUUCUCAACACUCCCAGUACGAGUCUCGAAGACGCGAAGUCCGUCGCCAAAUCUUCUCAGGAUGCCUUCCAAAAGUUCAAGCUGCUGUCUCUGGCGGAGAGAAAGGAGAUGGUGAUGCGAGGCCUGAAGCUCAUCCAAGAACGCAAGCAUGAUCUUGGGCGCGAACUCAGUGGGCAAAUGGGUCGCCCUAUUGCGUACAGCCAUGAGGAAAUUGAGACGAUGCAGAAGCGUGCCGACUAUCUUCUCGACAUCGCCGAAGAAUCCUUGCGCGACAUACCCGGUCGUCCCGAGGCAGGGUUCAAGAGAUGGAUCAAGAAGGUCCCAGUUGGCCCGACUCUCGUGGUAUUCGCAUGGAACGUAGUCCAGUCCGGAGAUCCUACUGUUCUCGACGAACUUGUGAAGAUCCCCGAGAUACAAGCGGUCAGCUUCACCGGCUCGAUUGCGGGAGGGUUGGCUUUGCCUGAAGCCGCGGCUCGUCGCACGAUACCUCUCAACCUUGAGCUUGGAGGGAAUGAUCCGGCAUACGUGCGGCCCGACGCGGACUUGAAAUAUGUAGCAGCUCAGCUUGUGGACGGCGCUGUCUUCAAUUCGGGUCAGAGCUGCUGCGCUGUGGAGCGGAUUUACGUGCAUAAAGACAUCCAUGAUGCUUUUGUCCAAGAGCUGCAAGAUGAGUUGAAGAUGUGUAAACUCGGCGAUCCGCUUGAUGCGUCAACUAACGUUGGGCCGGUCAUUUCACGAGCGGCCCAAAAGUCGAUUGAACAACAAGUGGAAUAUGCACUCAGCAAGGGCGCCCGUGAUGUCACGCCGUCCAAUGCCACAUUUGAGAACCCUUCCGCUGGCGGCAACUAUGUGAUCCCGCGGAUUCUCACAGGCGUCACACAUGACAUGAUAGUCGCAAAGGAAGAGACUUUUGGCCCAAUCAUCCCUGUGAUAUGUGUCCAGAACGACGAUGAGGCAAUUCAACUCAUGAAUGACACGGAAUAUGGCCUGACUGUCAGCGUUUGGACCACAGAUAUCCCUCGUGGAGAGGAGAUGAUUGAGAGUCUCGAGGCUGGCACUGUGUUUGUCAAUCGUUGCGAUUACCCCAAUCCAGAUCUUGCUUGGACUGGCUGGAAGAAUUCGGGGCUUGGAUGCACUUUGGGGCCGAAGGGAUUUGAUUUCUUCGUCAAGUUGAAAAGUUAUCAUGUCAAGCAGCAGCAAGCUCAGGAGCUAGAUGUAACAUGGGGUUCUUUCAUAGGUGGUCUUCAGCUUUAG